AUGCCAAGACCGAACCGUACUUCACUGAACAUCCCCGGGGCAGUGAUGAACGCUGUCCUCCGUUCUGGCAAGCUCAACGUUUGCCACGGGAACGCCCAAAGUUUGUGUGCCAGAAAGUUUGCAAAACUCGACGAACUGAAAGAUCUCCUGCACAGCUCAAAGAUUUCGGUGGCUUGUUUUACUGAGUCGUGGCUUUCCCCUAAAACCAGUGACCGAAGAUUAGCUAUUCCCGGAUUUUCUCUCAUCCGUAACGACAGGAAGUUUCAACGUGGGGGAGGCAUAGUGGUCUACUGUAAGCACCACAUCGGUCGUACCGAAGUUUUCCGCACCGAACUGACAGCAGAAUCGGCGGACAAAACAGAGUGCGUUGCGGUUGAGUUGCGUGUUGAUGGUGAGAAGAUUCUGCUCGUGGUGGUCUACAAUCCCCCCAGGAACGAUUGCUCGGAGUUUCUGGCUGCGAAGCUGUCGGAGUUUGGUACUCGGUAUGAAAACGUUCUUUUAGUUGGUGACCUUAACACAGAUUUGGCAGUACCAAGCACCCUACGAGACCGUUUCACCGAAGUCCUGCAAACCCACGCUCUGUUUUCGGUUGGUGUGGAACCAACCUUCUAUCACAACCGAGGCUGCUCGCAAUUGGACCUCUUCAUAACGAGCUGUGCCGAGAAAGUUUUGUGCUUUAACCAAGUUGGCUUUCCUGCAAUGUCGCAACACGAUCUCAUCUUCGGGUCCCUCGAUUUCGACGAUAACCCGGCACCGAUGAUCACUACGUACCGGGACUACGUCAAUUUUGAUGCAGCAACUGUCGAGAACGCGAUUCUUGCCAUCCCAUGGAGUGACUUCUUUGCAAGCAACGAACCGGAUCUACUGGUCAACUUCUUCAACGAACAGGUGAAGCAGGUGCACGAUGCGUGUAUACCGCUCCGGACAAAGAGAGGCAGUAAAGUAUCAAACGCUUGGUUUACAAAUGAGGUUCGGACAUCGAUGUUGGAGCGUGACUUAGCUUAUGGCGACUGGAGGAGAGCGCCGAGAGCCUUCAAGGACGAAGCACGCCGCCGUUACAACACGCUGAGGAACAGAACAAACGCGAUAGUAGCGGCUGCAAAAGCGCAAUUCCUUAAUCGACACCUGGACAACCGUACACCGUCGAAAAUCCUAUGGAAUCGCCUCAAAAGCAUAGGGGUGGGGAAGGAGCGCACAUCACCCACGUGUGACUUUCACCCGGACGCUGUAAACCAAACCUUCCUGUCAAGCUACAUCGCUGGUGAACCCGUGCGCAGGAGAACAGGACCUGAUAAUCCGUACAGUUUUGCUUUCCGACCUGUGCAGCAAUGGGAAGUGGUGAAUGCUGUGUGGGAUAUUAGUUCUAACGCUACUGGACUUGACGGACUGCCGAUUGCCUUCGUCAAGAUCAUCCUGCCACUGACCAUACAGCAAGUCACACACAUCUUCAACAGCAUCAUCGAGACUUCUACGUUCCCAGUAUGCUGGAAGCAUGCAAAAAUCUUGCCAUUGCGGAAAAAGCCUCAUCUGAACGCGUUGACCAACCUCAGACCGAUUAGCAUCCUGUGCGCACUGUCGAAGGCUUUCGAAAAGCUGAUGGAACGUCAGAUGUCAACGUUCAUCGCUGAAAACAACCUCCUUACGGAUCAUCAAGCCGGAUUUCGGAAAGGUCAAAGCAUACAAACUGCUGCUGUACGAGUCUACGACGAAUUAGCGAAGACGGUGGACAACAGAGGGUCUGCUGUUCUGCUGCUACUCGACUUUUCAAAAGCGUUUGACACGAUUCCACAUCGCAAGCUGUGUGCCAAACUGGAAGUACAGUUCAACUUCUCUGUUUCUGCGGUCAACCUGGUCAAAUCGUACUUGGAAAACCGAACACAGACUGUUUUCUGCGGUGAUCAACAGUCUGAAACUGGAGUAGCCACUUCUGGAGUUCCACAAGGAUCAGUGUGGGGCCCGCUGUUGUUUUGUUGCCACGUCAAUGAUCUGCCGACGGCCCUCAAGUUCUGUUCAAUCCAGAUGUAUGCAGACGACGUUCAGCUGUACAUCGGUCGUCCUGGGCCCUGCUCCCGUGAAAUCAUACGCAUGAUGAACGAAGAUCUCGCAAGCAUAGUGGAAUGGUCGCGUCGAAACCAACUGUAUGUCAAUCAAGCAAAAAGCAACGCGCUGUUCGUGACUGGUCGCCGUAGAGCAGCUGUUCAAGCCAACAUGCUGCCACCUGUGGUAAUGGAUGGGCAGGUAAUCAAGUGGACUGAAAGUGCGAGGAAUCUCGGCUUCAUCUUUCGGGCAGAUCUGCAGUGGGACGACCUGAUUAAGCAGCAGUGCGGAAAAAUUUAUGCUAGUCUCCGCACGCUCUACAGUUGUGCUGCUGGUGCUCCGGUUGGGACUCGCCUAAAACUGUUUAAAUCGCUGAUCCUCCCCCAUUUUCUGUUUGGCGAAAUCCUACACGUCAAUCCGAGUGCAAGUGCCAUGGACAGACUACGGAUAUCGCUGAACUGCUGUGUCCG